GGCGGGGCGGCCGGGCGGGGUAAGCUGGACUGCUGGAGCCGGAGAGGGAAAGAACGUUGUAUCGUACCACCUGUUGUUAUGAAUUUUGAUUUAGUUUAAGCAGUUUAAGCACAAUUUUUUCAACUCUACAGUGUUGUUAUCUCAGUACUUUCCACAUUCUCAGUAUUUCCACAUUUUUAUAAUGGCAAAAAAAUCGCUUUCCUCAAAUCGUUUGGACUACGAUUAUUUGUUUAAAUUUUUAGCUUUAGGAAAUGCUGGAGUUGGGAAAACAAGUUUUCUGUAUCAGUAUACAGAUGGUGUGUUCAAUUCAAAGUUUACAACAACUGUUGGAAUAGAUUUUCGGGAAAAACGUGUUGUAUACCGUGCAAAAAACUCAGAGGGAAUGCAAGGCAGAAGCCAAAGAAUUCAUUUACAGUUAUGGGAUACUGCAGGCCAAGAGAGAUUUCGAAGUCUUACCACUGCAUUUUUUAGAGACUCAAUGGGAUUUUUAUUGCUGUUUGAUUUAACUAAUGAACAGUCCUUUCUAUCUAUACGAAGCUGGUUAGAGCAAUUAAAGACUCAUGCUUAUACAGACAAUCCUGAUAUAGUUCUUUGUGGAAACAAAGCUGAUCUUGAUGAUCAAAGAGAAGUUUCUGAAGAAGAUGCUAAAGAGACGGCAUCUCGAUACGGGUUAUCCUAUCUUGAAACAUCUGCUGCAACUGGUCAAAAUGUUAACAUUGCUGUAGAACUUCUUCUGGAAAAGGUUAUGCUUAGAAUGGAUCAAGCUGUUGAAGAUACAUUUGGUACUGGCCAAAAAGGGAAAACCAUACAGUUGAAGCAGAACUCUCCGGAUGGUAGUCAGGGAUGCGCAUGUUGAAUAUUUUUCCGUCAUUUUUGUUGAAUUAAAUGUUCAUUGUGCUAUUUGUAGAAUUCAGUGUGAUAAAGCUUUAUUGUUGACAA